AUGUUAAAAGCCUCUUUAAUAACAUUGUUAUUGAAGCAAAACAUGAGUGUAUUCACACAGUGCUUAAAUCCUCUCACUGGUCUUGCCACAUGGGAGAAGAAAGAUCAAGAUUAUGAUUAUCAUCAAGAAGUAGCUAGGUCUUCCUUUGCAGACAUGCUACAUGAUCAUGAGCGAAAUAAGAAAUAUUGUAUCGCUCUCAAAGCUGCUAUCGAGAAGAAGCACCAAGCGGGUGAAGAGGCUAAUGUGCUCGACAUAGGCACUGGGACCGGAUUGCUAUCGAUGAUGGCUGUAAGAUGUGGAGCAGACACUGUAACAGCGUGUGAGGCUUUCAUACCGAUGGCCAAUUGUGCUGCAAAAGUAAUAAAGGAGAACGGUUUCGAGAAUAGAAUUAAGUUGGUUCGUAAACAUUCUACGAAAAUAACAGUCGGAAAAGACGGUGAUAUGCCAAAACGAGCGAAUAUUCUAGUCACUGAAGUCUUCGACACAGAACUGAUUGGCGAAGGAGCGUUAUCAACGUUUCGACAUGCUCACAAAGUUCUUCUCGAGGAAGGUAGCAUAGUCGUGCCACACAGUGGAACAAUAUGGGCACAAGUAGUCGAGAGUUCAAAAGUCUGUGGUUGGAAUCGAGUGAAGCCUAUUAAAAAUGGAGAAAUGCUGGUUGAUGCUCCAGCAGCUAUUCAAGCAUGCUCUGGUGCUGCAGCGGUACAUGACAUGCAACUGUCUCGUCUCCCUCGCAACACUUUUGUGCCUUUAUUGCCGCCACAGCCUAUUUUCAGGUUUAACUGGUCCGGCAAGGAGCCCUUAUUGUACAAUGAAAAAGUAUCAUUGCGCGUAAAAUCGAUAGCAAGUGGAACCGCGCAUGCAAUUUUUAUGUGGUGGGAUCUGAACAUGGAUACAGAUAAUCAAGUAUUACUGAGUUGUGCACCUGUAUGGGAACAUCCAAACGUAUCUGACGACAUCAAGGAAGAUAAAUUACGUUUAGAAGAGGCGGCAGAGUCGAUACCUUGGAGGGAUCAUUGGAUGCAGGCUGUCUAUUAUCUCCCGGAAGAAAUACCUAUUAUACGCGGCGUCGAAGUCAAUCUUAUCGGUUACCAUGACGAAUAUUCUUUCUGGUUUAAAUUGUUGAAUGGACCUAUAGAUAAGAUUCCGGAUUUUCCGAGGCCUAUAUGUGACUGUAACGCGCAUAUCGCGUACUCACGGACGCGUAUCGGUCAAUUGAACAAUAUGAUUCGUAAUAAGAAGUAUGUACAGGCCUUGCGGAAGAAGAUUACUUCCAAUAGCGUCUGUCUCUGCCUCUCGGACGGUUGCUUACUGGCUCUCGCGGCCGCGAAGAUGGGAGCGAAGGUAUUUCUGCUGGAACAGAACUCCCUGUCGCAAAAAACCAUGGAGAUGUUUGUACGGACGAACGGGCUCUCCGAACAGAUAAGGAUUGUCAAGUCGGUCGACGAUCUACCGGGCGCCAGCGAGAUCAACUUCAUUUUCGGCGAGCCGUACUUCUUGAGCUCUAUCGUACCAUGGGAAAAUCUGAUAUUCUGGUAUCAUGCCUCUAGAUAUCCGCCGAGCAUCGCAAGAAUGCCGAUCGUAGCAACGAUCAAGGCUGCCGCCGUCGAGUUCAAGGAUCUACAUAAAAUAAGAGCCCCCGUCGGCAUUUGUGAGGGCUUCGACUUGUCCUCCUUCGAUAGGCUCGUGCAAAUGUCUAGCGAUAAAAGUGACAAUCCCGUAGAAGCGCAGCCACUUUGGGAGUAUCCUUGCAAGGCAUUAUCUUCGUCUUUUGAUAUUGUAGAACUCGAUCUUACGCGAAAUGUAAAUUUCGAGCGCAUUGAAGUAUCAGGCGAGGUUCCGAUUUUAAGCAACGGCUCCUGCAAUGGCGUCGCUGUAUGGGUAGAUUGGCAAUUAGAUUCAGAUUUGUCGGUAUCUUGCGGUCCGAUCGAAGAAGUGAUACCUGGCAAGCGCAUGUCCUGGGAUCCAUAUACAAGACAGGGCGUACAUUUAUUUCACAAGAUAUCUGACGUCAUGAAAGAAAGAAAUGCGCUUUCGUGGUCAUUCACUUUCGUUCCACAACAUGGUGAAGUGGAUUUUGAUUUUAGGAUAUUAACAAAUGUUUGAUUAUAUCGAUGAGUAUUUGAUUGUAAUUGCAUUAAUAAAUGUUUGGUUGUAUUAAU